CAGCAGUUGAGGAAGACGGAUUAACUUCCACCCUUCUCAAUAUUUUCUGAAGUCAAUACAGACAUCAGAGAUGGCAGGAAACUGGCUGGGGCUGCUGUCGAUAGGUGUGUUUUACUUGAUUGUACUUGGCAUCGGCAUCUGGGCAUCCAGAAAGUCCAAAUGUGAGGAGAGGAAAUGCACGGGGAACAGCAGUGAAGUUACAAUGGUUGGAGGGCGGAACCUCAAAAUCUGGGUCAGCAUCUUUACUAUGUCAGCUACUUGGGUGGGAGGAGGCUAUAUUCUGGGUAUUGCUGAAGUGGUCUACGAUCCAACGAAGGGGUUAGUAUGGGUAUUGGGGCCCCUUGCUUACGCUCUAAGCAUGAUUAUAGGUGGACUGUUCUUUGUCAAACCUAUUCGCUCAAAGAAAUAUGUCACCUUCAUGGACCCAUUUCAAGAGAAAUAUGGAGACACACUGGCUGCUGUUCUCUUUAUCCCUGCUCUCCUGGCAGAUAUUUUUUGGACAGCAUGUAUUCUUGGUGCACUGGGAGGAACAGUAAGUGUGGUACUGGAUAUCUCCUCGCCGCUGGCUGUGGGCAUCUCUGCUGGUGUUGCCAUCGUGUACACAUUGAUGGGAGGACUGUACUCUGUGGCCUAUACUGAUGUCGUCCAGCUUGGCUUGAUGUUCUUUGGUUUGUGGUUCUGUGUACCUUUUGUCCUGACGAGCCCCUCCUCUGCCAACUUCACUGUUGCUGCUGUCACCAAACUACACCAGGAGCCGUGGACUGGCAAGCUGCAGCUGGAAGAAUUGGGUUGCUGGGUCGAUGACAUCCUGUUGAUGGCCAUUGGAGGGGUCUGCUACCAGGCGUUCUACCAGAGAGUCCUGUCCAUGGCCACUGAUGCCCAAGCUAAGAUCACCUGCUAUGCAGCAGCAGUAAUUUGUCCACUUCUUGGUAUCCCAUCAAUCAUCAUUGGGGGAGUGGCAGCAUCUACCAAUUGGAACCAGACCAGUUAUGGUUCACCCAGCCCAUAUGAAGAGGGCCAAGCUCGGAUGAUCUUGCCGAUUGCCCUUCAGCAUCUUUGCCCUUUCUAUGUCUCACUGGUCGGUAUUGGAGCGCUCGCUGCAUCUGUGAUGUCAUCCAUCGACUCCGCCCUUCUUUCUGCCGCCUCCCUAAUUGGUCGGAAUAUCUUCAAGAAUAUCAUCUACAAACGGGCAUCAGAGCGAAUGAUUAUUGUGGUGGUGAAGGUGUCCGUCCUCCUGUGUGGAAUAAUUGCAGCAGCCUUCGCCAUGACAUCAAAGUCGUUUUACCUGUUGUGGUACCUCAGCGCUGACGUCUUGUAUUCAGUGAUGACUCCGCAUGUGAUUUGCACCUUCUUCUUAUCCCAGUGGGUGAACCAGUAUGGGGCCUGCUCUGGCUUUGUGUUGGCGAUACUGUUAAGAGCUCUGAUAGGGGAGCCCCAGAUUGGCCUCCCCGACGUGCUGCCCCUGCCGUGGGACAAGAUCCAGGAGGACGGUCACCGGUACAGAUUGUUCCCUUUUCGUACUGUCAUCAUGCUCCUCGCCAUUGUGACUAUUUUACUGGUAUCACGACUGGCUAAAAUGGGACUGUUGAACAGAACAAGUGAUGCUGAAACGGACACAAACCUAUGUUCCAUGGCACCAAUCCAGACAGAUAUGGUGGAAGGCAAGAGGUUGGACAAAGAACAGCCUUUAUUCUCCGAAGGAGAUGACGUUUAAUCCAGGAUUUGUUUAUGACGGUCAAACAACCUCUGACACUAAAGAAUCCCUGAACGUCUUAGAGUUUUGUUGAACAAUCCCUUUACUGAAACACACAGAUAUUGGUUUUAUAUUA